UCAACUCCCCACUCUGGCUCUCAGCUACUCCACCCAGUUGGGCAGCCCCUUGUCCUCCACUCUCCGUGCGCUAAGAUCCCCGUUGACAAAUCCUAAUCCUAACGAGCUAAAAAGAGUGCGAACGCGCCGUUUAGUCCAGGCGGGGUGUCGGAACCCCUGGAGGAGAGGCUGUUCUGGGCGAUGGGAGGAAGAGGGGGGGAGAUCUGUUUGUAGUACUCCGAGUCCUGAUGUCACAGGCUGAGCAAGGACAUAACAAGGAGGAGUCAGAUUACAGUAAGAAUGGGCAGUGCAGCAGAAAGCUCCGAGUAAAUGCGAAAUCAGACGGGGCUCGUGGCCGGGAGAAGGAGGCGGUCUGCACAGCCCGGCACCCCGACUGCGCCCGCUCGCCCGCCCAGCCGCCUGCUCGCCCGCUCGCCCGCUCGCUCCCGCCGUCCCUGUGCCAUGCCGGGGGCGCUGCCAGCUCCCGUAGCAUGAAGCAGCCCCGCUCUCGGUGCCAGGCAGCCCGGCGCAGGGGGAGCUGAUGCCGAGGACGCAGCGGUGGGAUCCCAGCUGUAUGAUUAAUGAGAAACAUAAUGUAUUUUGGUGGCACAUGCCAGAGCCCUGCUCUCCCAGCCCUGGUGCGUCCACCUGCCCCACCUUUGCAGCCCUCGCUGGAUAUUAAACCAUUUCUUCCGUUUCCUCUGGACACUGCAGCAGCAGUCAAUCUGUUCCCCAAUUUUAAUGCAAUGGACCCAAUUCAGAAAGCAGUAAUAAAUCAUACAUUUGGGGUUCCUCUUCCUCAUCGAAGAAAGCAAAUUAUAUCGUGCAACAUUUGCCAGUUGAGAUUUAAUUCUGAUAAUCUCCCAAAGAAUACCAAUGAAUACCAACUCACACUAAGAGAGAGCCAGGCUGCGGCCCACUACAAAGGCACUAAACAUGCCAAGAAGCUCAAAGCACUGGAAGCCAUGAAAAAUAAACAGAAAUCUGUACCUGCCAAGGACAGCGCAAAGACUACCUUCACCUCCAUCACUACCAAUGCCAUCAAUACCAGCUCUGACAAAACAGACAGUACCGCAGGGACACCAGCAAUAUCAACAACAACCACCACCGUGGAAAUUCGAAAGAGCAGCAUUAUGACAACAGAGAUCACCUCAAAAGUGGAAAAGACCCCCACCAUCGCCACCCCCGGCAACAACAGCACAUGUCCUUCUGCGGAGACUGAGGAAGAGAAGGCCAAACGGCUCCUGUAUUGUUCGCUAUGCAAGGUUGCUGUCAACUCGGCCUCCCAGCUGGAGGCACAUAACAGCGGGACUAAGCACAAAACCAUGCUGGAAGCCCGAAAUGGGAGUGGGACUAUUAAGGCAUUUCCUCGAGCAGGAGUAAAAGGCAAAGGGCCGAUCAACAAGGGGAACACGGGCCUGCAAAACAAGACAUUUCACUGUGAAAUCUGUGACGUGCAUGUAAAUUCAGAGACACAACUUAAACAGCACAUCAGCAGUAGAAGGCACAAAGACAGAGCUGCUGGGAAACCCCCCAAACCUAAAUACAGUCCCUAUAACAAACUUCAGAAGGGAGCACAUCCACUUGGGGUCAAAUUAGUAUUUUCUAAGGAACCUUCCAAGCCAUUGGCUCCACGGAUCCUCCCCAACCCACUGGCAGCGGCAGCAGCUGCUGCCGCUGUGGCAGUGAAUUCACCCUUCAGUCUCCGAACAGCUCCAGCAGCCACCCUCUUCCAGCCAUCUGCACUUCCUCCAGCACUCCUCCGGCCUGCUCCAGGGCCCAUACGGACCACCCAUACUCCUGUGCUGUUUGCUCCUUACUGAACUCCAACUGGGAGUUAUUGUACUGCAAUAAUUUUUUUUUUCAAAAAACAAAGAAAACAAAAAAAAAAUGAACUAUGCAGUGUUUAUUUAUAGUUUAAAGUCUAUCUGAAGAGCCAGGACUUUUGAUAGUGAAUUGAAAAGAUUCUAAAAGGGGAUGGGAGGGAGGGGAAGGGGGCAGCAUUUUCUCCACAUAAGAGCAUUCCUCUUGAAUAUUGACUGUUUUAGAAGUGAUCUCCAGCAUUGACUCAUAGUGAUAUCUAGAACUUACAAAACCUUUGUGACCGUGCUUUUGGGCACCUAUUUUCCCCUGCAUUGUCUUUCCUGCUUUAUGAAACAACUAUACAUUUGUCUAAGGGCAUUAAGUGGUUCCAAUGUAUAUUCAGUACUUUAUUCUGUAGAUUAACAAGAAGAAGAAUGAAAAGAAGCAGAAACACUGUGAAUAGUAGACCCCUUACUGAUCCUCCUGCCAUGUCAACAGUCACUGGGUAUUUAUCAGAACAAAAUUAGAUGCAGUAGUUGUCUUGUAAAACAAGUAGCCAUGUCUCAAUUUAAUGCCUUUAGGGUAUCACUGAAUCACAAAAGGUAGAAUGACCAGCCAGAUCCCGUAAGUAGCCAAAAUAAUGGACACCGAUGAUAUUGUUGGGGAGGCCUUCCAAUCAAUAAUCUUGCUCUCCUACUCGACUUGAGACAAAUGCAGUAUUCAGAGAUUUUGCAUAGUGGAGUCAUGCUUUGGGGUAAACCCUUCCCCCAAAAUAAUCAGAAAAAAGAAAAGCGAUUUCUUGCAAUGUUCUGAGUACCCAGAAACAACAAAUAUCCGUGUUGGGAAAUAGGGAUGGGUAAGCAUCGGGGGAAAACAUGUGCCAUGGGUAUAGAGAAAAUAGAUGGCAGGCAGCCCACCUGCUCAGUUUCUGUGAGCUAGGGAUGGCCAUAACCUUGAGCUAUAGUGCCAAGAGAAGUGCUGGGUAGGAAAUCCAUGGUCAUCCCUACCUCAUAAAAAAGGGAGCAUAUUAUACCUCUGUAAAACACCCCCUUUAUAUCAUGCCAGUGGUACUGUGUCUGUAGGUAGAAUGCUUUUGUUUGCAGUACAAUGGUAGAUAGAACUUAACUGUUGAUUUUUUAGGUCUCCUACUGACAUGAUAUAAAUGUUUAUACGUAAAGGUUA